UGAAAUGAGUCGGAAGUAUAGUUGGUACAGAGCAUAAACGAUUUAUGGGGAUUUGUGUGGCCCACAUCUGCCAUACAGGGAGGAAAAAAGGGCCCCUGUACCUCAGGGGUCAAGAUUCGUCUUCAGCCUUUCACGCUACGUGCAACAUCGCCGGUCCAUCGCUCAAUCGUCACCGAGAGGGGAUGAGUGCAGCAACCGGGAUUGAAGACGAUGCAGAUAUCCAAUGGAUUUUGAAUCCAUGCCGCCAGAUGUUCAAACCAGCCAAUAGGCAUUUGGAUAUCUAAGAGGCGGGAGUCGAACGACUGUUGCCCGCUUAAAAGCCGUCUCCACCUCCCUCCGUUUGUUUAGAACCGCAUCAGACCCCGAUCUGGCUACUUCAGUCCUGUUGAAACUUGAGCUUUCCUGCUUCCUGGAACUAUAAGCUUUUUUUGGAAGAUUGAUAUUGAGUUUCUACGUUACGAUGUCGACUGCAGUAUUUUCUGACCCAACUGAAAUUAGAUGUAAGGAAGAGUCCAAGGGUGGUUUGAAGUUCGAUGUAAUUAUUGCCGACCCAGCUGGCACGCCACCCAAGCGGCCUUCUUCCCCUAAAAGUGCAGCAACAUCUGCAGAAGAAAUUGAAGAAAAACUGAAGGCUGCAGAAGAAAGGAGGAUGUCACUGGAGGCAAAUAAAAUGGCCAAAUUUGCUGCCAAACUUUCCAAGAUAGAAGAGGCUUCCAAAAAGAAAGACGAACAAAAUUCUGUCUUCAUUAAUCAGACCAAAGAAGCUCUAGAGCAGAAGAUGGAACUCCACACGGAAAAGCGUGAGGCGUAUUUGACCGACAUCAAAGCUAAACUCAAGGACCAUUUGGAAGGAGUUGAGAAGAGUAGGCAACUUUUGGAGCAACAGACUCAGGAAGUCCGAACUGCUGUAGAGCAGAAGUUAAAGACGGCUGCAACUCAACGUGAUGAGAACCUCAAGAAAAUGCUACAUCGAUUGAAAGAGCAUGAAGAACAAGUUAAAAAAGUUCGUACGUCCUGGCAAGAAAAAAUCACAGCUCUGGAAGCUCAACUUCAAAACAAAAUGGAAUCGGCAAAUGAAAGGAAAGUAAGGCUGGAAAUUGAACAAAGAGAAAAACUUCGCCAACUCAAUGAUUUGAAACUCAAUGAAAUCAAGAGCACCCUCGAAUCAAUCGAAAAACAGAAUGGCGAAAGGAUUAAAGAGUUGCAAUGCAAACUUGAAUCUGCAGAGAGCAAAAGGGAGAAAGAAAUUGAGAAAAAGUUGGAAGUUGUGAGGAAAAAUGAGAAGCGAGCUGAGAUGGUUCGUCAGAACAAAGAACGCAUAUCCCAAUGUGAUCAAGAAAUCUCAUCAUCUGCUUAAAAAUCAAAUUUAUUUAUAUCUUCGAUUUAUGUUACUGUAUAAUACUCUUGCAGUUUAUUGUUAAUUUCAGCAGCUGUAAAAUAAUAGAACACAGGAUGUGUUCAGAGCCCCCUCCUCCCAUGCGUACUACCUUUUGAUUUUUUCAGUAAAUAUAUAUUUGUUUUUUUUUUCA